GGGAGGGGUGCGGCUUGCUAGAGACCUGGUCUUCGUUGUCUGCCAGCGGACUGGGGAGCUGCGCGUGGUGCCGCCCCGAAAGUUCGGCCCGGUCCGGCCCAAGCCGCCUGCCGCGGGGCGGGGCCGCCAGCAUGUGGGGCAGCGGCGGCCCCAGCGGCGCAGCAGUGACUGUCGCCGUGUGUGGCAGCCGGGACUGCUUCCUGCACCUGCCCGCGGCGCUGGUCGCCCGCCUCCGCCUGCAGCAGGGCCAAGCUGUGAAAGUCUCCUGGGGUCCCCAGCCCGUAUUUUUGAGUUGGAUGGAAAUCAGACAUCGAAGUUACCAUGAUGGAAAUAUUGCUGAAAUUAACAGACAGCUAGCAGAGAAACUUGGUAUUACACAUGGGGAUCAGGUAUUCCUUGAACCCUGUUCCCAAGUCCUGUCCUGUCAGCAAGUAGAAGUGGAGCCCCUCUCUGCAGAUGAUUGGGAAAUACUGGAGCUGCAUGCUUCCUCUCUUGAAAGGCAUCUUCUUGACCAGAUUCGGAUAGUAUUUCCAAAAGCUGUCUUUCCGGUGUGGGUUGAGCAACACACCCAUAUUUACAUCCAAAUCAGUACACUAAAGCCAGCUGCUCCCUAUGGGAGAUUAGAACCUCACACAAAGCUGCUUGUAUGUUCAAAAAUGCGCCAAGAUGAAGAAAACAUCACCAAUUUGUCUUCGUCAGGAAGUGACAUUUUACCAGAACUAUUUAUCAAAAGUAAAAUGGACCAACGAGAAAAAAUAACGGAACCUCUUGCCAAACAAUCUAGUUUAAAUCCAGGAGUCCUUGAACAGUGUACAUCUGAUACAAAAGUGGCAAGUAUAUGGGGUUUAAUAAGAAACAUUUUCUCUCCGACUUUGGAACACAAGCAAGACACUUCCUCUGGUACUUUUGAGAUAAGCACCUUGAAAGAAAAGCUAUUGAACUUAAUCCAUAUGGAUGCCAUUUUCAGAGUAUGUCAGUCCCAGCCUCCCAGCCAACAGAACACAUCAGCAUUUCAAAAACACAAUGCUGUUCAUGUUUUUCCAUGGAAUCUAGAGUAUAUUGAGUUAGAGCCUAAUUUUAAAGUAUCUUAUGGGACGAUUACUGCACUUCUCUCCCCCAGACAAAGGUGUCAAGAAGCAAAGCAGAAUCUGCCAGUGGAGAAGCAAAAGCAGAUGACCAGCCCACAAGACAGAAACCCACCUGGUUCUAGUAACAGUCAAGAAUCCAAUGAGAUUUCUGUUGUUUCGAUAAUAUGGACUGGUUUUGAAGACCUAAAGGAUCCCAUAAAAUAUAACAGCAAUGUGGAAGCCAUGCAUGUUGGAAGAGUUUGGAUUCCAGAUGGCCUGAGAAAGAAACUGCACAUAGAAAUGCACGCGUCUGUCAGAAUUAAGUCACUGGAGUCAUUCCCUAAAAUUCCAGCAUCUCUUAGAUUGCAGCCCACGCAGAACCUACAUAAAGAUAUACAUGAAGAUGACAUAAAAUCAGCUUUUAACUCCUGGUUGCAGGAUUACACUGGUGACAAUUUUCCCUGGAUGAUAACAGGUUCAGACUGCAUACAGCUAGGAGUUAAAGAAAGAAUGGAGAAUUUUGUCCUUAGUGUACUUCAGCCUUCUGUCACUGAAGAAAAUAAAUCAGAAAAUAUUUUUAUGUUGAGUCCCAGUUUGCUGCAGAAGACAAAUAUACAAGUUCUGUUAUGUCCUGUGACUACAAAAGCUGCCGAUGACAGGACCCACUGUAUGCAUGAUACAGACAAGAUCCUUCGUUUGCACAAACUAUGCAGUUUAGGAGGGGUGGAUAAAUUAGGAACAUCCUCCUUUGAGCAUAUCAGUCACAGCCUUUUAGGACGUCCUUUGUCUCAGAAGCUAGCUUGCUUUGUUGUGGGAUUGCGCAGUGGAGGUGUCCUGCUCACAGGAGCAAAGGGAACUGGAAAGUCAACAUUAGCGAAGGCCAUCUGCAAAGAAGCAUUUGAUAGACUGGAUGCUCAUGUGGAAGUGAUUGACUGUAAAGAUUUAAGAGGAAGAAGAUUAGAAAAUAUACGGAAAAAAGUGGAGGAAGCUUUUUUAGAGGCAGCAUGGCGGCAGCCAUCCAUUCUUUUAAUGGAUGAUCUUGAUCACAUUGUUGGUGUUUCUUCUGCUCCAGAACAUGAGAACAGCCCUGAAGCAGUUCAGAGCAAUAGACUUGCACAUGUUUUGAAAGAUGUGAUAAAAGAAGUCAUUUCAAUGGGCAGUUUGAUUGCAUUAAUUGCCACAAGCCAGUCAGAACAUUCCCUGCAUCCUUCUCUUGUUUCUGCUCAAGGAAUUCACGUGUUUCAGUGCUUUAAACAUAUCCAGCCUCCAAAUCAGGAGCAGAGAUGUCAAAUGUUGUGUUCCAUAAUAGAAAAUAAACUGAGCUGCGCUAUAAACAAGUUCUGUGAUCUUGAUCUGCAGUAUAUUGCAAAGGAAACAGAAGGAUUUGUAGCUAGAGAUUUUACAUUGCUUGUGGAUCGUGCCAUACAUGCAUGUGUUUCUAACAGGAGAGCAUGCAAAAAAGAAGAACUUAAUCUGUCAACUUCACACUUUCAAAAAGCUUUAAAAGGUUUUACAGCAUCAUCUCUGAGAAAUGUUAACUUACACAAACCUAAAGAUAUGGGUUGGGACAGGAUUGGUGGCUUAAAGGAUGUCCGGCAAAUACUCAUGGAUACUAUCCAGUUACCAGCAAAGUAUCCAGAACUCUUUGCAAAACUGCCCAUACGACAGAGAACAGGAGUUUUGUUAUAUGGACCUCCUGGAACAGGAAAAACCCUCUUAGCUCACGUAGUUGCCCGAGAGAGUAGAAUGAAUUUUAUCAGCAUCAAGGGACCAGAGCUACUUAGCAAAUAUAUUGGAGCAAGUGAACAAGCAGUUCGAGAACUCUUUAUCAGGGCACAGGCAGCUAAGCCUUGCAUUGUUUUCUUUGAUGAGUUUGAUUCUAUUGCUCCUCGCCGAGGUCAUGAUAAUACUGGAGUAACAGACCGGGUUGUUAACCAGCUGUUGACUCAGCUAGAUGGAGUGGAAGGCUUACAAGGGGUUUAUGUGUUGGCUGCUACUAGUCGCCCUGAUUUGAUUGACCCUGCUCUGUUAAGACCAGGUAGACUGGAUAAAUGCAUAUACUGUCCACCUCCUGAUCAGACUUCUCGUUAUGAAAUCUUAAAGGCCCUCAGUCAUUCUCUGCCUUUGGCAAAUGAUGUGGACUUACAAUAUUUGGCAGGAAAAACAGAGUAUUUCACAGGAGCAGACUUGGAAGCUUUAUUAUACAAUGCUCAAUUAGAGGCAGUACAUUCUAGCUUGGGUUCAAGCUUACCACAAGAUUUUGGUUCCAGUUCUGACAGUGACUUCAGUCUCUCUUCUAUGGUUUUCUUAAACCACAGCAGUGGUUCAGAAGAUUCAACAGGGGAGGGAGAAGGAGGGCUAGAGCAUUCUCUCAUUUCCUUGGAGAUGUCCGAGUUGCUUCCUGAAGACUCAGGAAGAUCCAACAUGUAUCGUCUUUAUUUUGGUAGUUCCUAUGAAUCAGAGCUGGGAAAUGGAACUCCUUCAGAACUGAGCUCUCUGUGUUUGUCUGGACCAAAUUCCGCAACCCAUGAUUUAAGUGGCAUGAGUCUGAGAGAUGUAGUAUCAUCACAACCCUCAGUGCUGAGAACAGCUUCACAAGAAGGUUACCAGGAACUUAAUCAAGAGCAAAUGGAACACCUCCGGACUGAAAUCAAUGCUAUCAAGGCCAACCACCAGAGCAAAAAUGGAGAGGAUAUUACCCCCAGUCAGUCAGUGCAAAACAAGGGUAUUUUAAUCAUUACUCAAUCCCAACUGAUGACUGCACUUGCAGGCACAAGACCAUCAAUUAGUCAAGAUGAUCGGAAAAAAUUUCUUGAAAUCUAUGAUAAUUUUCAAAAUCCCAAGAAGAGGAAAGGACAGAGUGCAGCAACAUUCAGACCAGGACAAAAAGUGACUCUAGCAUAAAGAUUGUUGUUAUUUGUGAUCACUACACUAAUUUAGAAUAUAAAUGUCAGUCAUAUAUUUACAGUCUUAGAUCAGUUUAAAAUUUAUAUUCAUAUAGAUUUAUUACUACAGUGACUGAGGAUAGGCAUCUUUUAAAUUAACUUUUAAAUGCUGUAAGAUUAUUUGACAUCUUAUUUUGCAAAAUUAUUUGUCUUCCUAUAAAUCAGUAUUAAACUUUGAGACAACAUUAGCAAUGUUGUUUCCAGCUAACCAGCAAACCUCAAGUUGUUUAUCAGUGUGCAAAUAUCAGGAGUUGGUUCCCCAUAUUUGCUCUGAGGAAGGAUACAGAUGUGUUGCUUUUUUACAACUACUUCCUGAAUCUGAAAGGUAGAGGUUCUGUCUUCAUGAGAAAUAUGGUAUCUAUACAUCUUAUUUUAAUACAUUGUAAUAACUAAGGAAAACACUUUUCAGUAAAAUAUGUUGAACUGUUUAACAGCCUUGUAAAUCUAAGGACAUAUUUUGAAUGUGUAUUAGUGUGUAAGUAGUGUCAGAUUUUCUUGCAGAUCAACUGUAGCUGGAAAGAAUUUAAAACAAACUAAGAUCUGAAUUUAUUUUUUAAGUUAAGAAAAUAGAUACAUGGAACCAAAUCAGAAGAGGCUCCUUAAAUCAUGAGCUUAGUCCUCCACUAUUGCAGGAAACUAAAAAUGGACACAAUUUGGGGCCAUUUCAAAAAGGGGUGUUUCAGAAGGGCAGGAGCUGUUAAUGUUACAUUUCUGGUGUUCCCAACUUGUCCACAUGUAACAAUUAGAAUGUAACAGCUACUGUCCUUUGGAAACCCUUCCCUUUUGAAACUGUUUCAAAUGUACGUGUGUCCACACUCUUACUUAUACACUACUGUCAGAAAGUUAUCAAACUUCAUAUUAAAACCAACUAGGCUACCCCCGUUGCUCCUCUUGAAAGGCUUUUCCAGAAGCUCAUUUCUCCGAUAGUUGGAAAACAUCUUCUAAUUUCCUGCCUGUUCACAGAUAUUUUAUUCCCACUUGCUCUUACACCAAUAUUGUCCUUUUAUUUAAACAGCUCUUCUCCCUUUCUGGCGUUUACUUUCCUGACAUAUUUAUAGGGAGCAGUCACUUUCCCUCUAACCCAGUGCUCUCCUAGACUAAGUAGUCCAAGCUUUUUUAGUCUUAUCUGAUAAGCUAAGCUGUCCACUCCCCUCUUCAGCAUACUAGUCUUUCUGUGCACCUGUUUCGUUCUAAAUUAAUCUUUCUUUUCUUGAACAUAGUAUCAGAACUGUAUGCCAUACAAUGACUAGUUCUCCGCAUAAAAACACUUGCCAAAAGAAGUUGUUAUUAACAGUAGGUGGGAUU